UUGUGAUGUACUGAAAGGUGUGUGUUUGAAUGUACGUGAAACUGGCUCGUAAGAGAGACGAUCAAACUGGAGUUCUGUAUAACAAAACAGAAACUCACUCUCAAUAGGGACGCUUCUUUAUGUGAGAAUCUGUACUGACGUGAUGUUAAUUAACUUUGCGCGUGACACGCGCCAGCGCAACACAGUGGUGUCAUUCAAACUUAGUGGAGCCCCCUGUGAAGCGUCAGACUGACCGUCUGGCUGCCAUAUCAGGCUGCACUUCACAUCUAUUAGCAAAUGCUCAGUCAGGUGGCUGCCACUUCAUCGCCGUGGACUCUGACAGCAACGGUCGCGCGUGUGGAUGUGGAUUAGAGAGCGCGUGGUCCGACUGGCUGAUGCUGAACACCUGCACGUGGCGGAGGACUGCCCUCUUUUCCUUUACUCGACCUCCAGCCUCCAGCAGCUCCACAACUUCUCCAGUGAAGCGAGGGAAAGCCGACCAUGAGCUCUUCUCUCCCCAAAAGCGAGUCCACCACGUCUCUGCUGAGAUCAUCCGGGCUCAGUCGCAGGUCCGGGCACGCGAAUAUCGGUCCACGCGAUCACCGCAGCCACCGCACUCGCCAUCAUCCCACUGGAGCUGGAGGCAGCGAUGAUGCAGGCUGGACGGAGGACUGCGAGACGAGCGCGCGGAGACCCCUCUGCCAACCAAGACAUGCCGACUCUCGAAAUUUGGGUGAUCACCGCGUGCAGAAAAGCCACUCACACCGGCACGCGAGCGCCUUGGAUGACGAUUACGCUCAGGAGGACGUUAGACACAGGACGAGUCGGCAUCAGAAAGAGCGCAGCAAGUCCACCAGAUCCAAACACUCUCAUCAUCACCACGACUCCUCUCGAGGUGAGCCGCCUCCUGCAGCGCAUCACCAGGGCGGCUCCCGGCAGGACAGGAGGACCUCUCCAACUCCAUCUUAUCCAAAAGAGCCGGACGACGCCGCUUUCUUUUUCGAGCCCAGAGAGAGAGUCAUCACCGGGUCAUCCUCCAGUCUCAGCUCUGACCCACCUGCGGCCAGCGCACCGGUCCAGCCCGCUGCCAGCCGCUCAUCCAAAAGACUGAGCGCAACCGAGUAUGACUCUAGUCUUCAUCCCAUUGUGAAGUCGGUCUUUGGGCAGGACCGAGAAUUGAGGCCAGAAGAAAUGGAUGAGCUGCGUGAGGCAUUCAAAGAGUUCGACAAAGACAAAGAUGGUUUUAUCGGCUGUAAAGACUUGGGUAACUGCAUGAGAACAAUGGGCUACAUGCCAACAGAGAUGGAGCUGAUUGAACUGAGCCAGCAAAUUAACAUGAACUUGGGAGGACAUGUUGACUUUGAGGACUUUGUUGAGCUCAUGGGGCCCAAACUUCUGGCUGAAACUGCUGACAUGAUAGGGGUUAAAGAGCUGAGGGAUGCAUUCAAGGAGUUUGACACUAAUGGUGAUGGCCAGAUAAGCACAGCAGAGCUUAGAGAAGCAAUGAAAAAACUUUUAGGACAACAGGUUGGACACAGAGACCUGGAGGACAUCCUUCGAGACAUUGACCUGAAUGGAGAUGGGCACGUAGACUUUGAAGAAUUUGUCCGAAUGAUGUCUCGGUGAGUUCUUGACAGGGAGACACGUUAAAACUACAACAUGGGGGGAAGAGGAGACACACCAACCCAGACUACUGAUGGAUCUUGAACUUCUGAACUGUCAUUGAACAAGAAAACAAAAACAUAUCAACUUUGCCCUGAAACUGCCAUGCUGAAGCACGAAGGCUGACGACUACAGCCAGGAGCAACACUGUUGAUUAUAUGCUGCUGCUGUUUCUUAGAGCAUAAACAAAACCAACAGCUGCAUUCUGACUUUUACAAAGUAUAUUUUAAAGAGCAUAUUUUCCUUUAGUAAUGACAACAUUUUAAUGCUGAUGUGGCUGUUGACUCAUGGGUGAUUGAAUAGUAGUGGGAGUAAUGUUGCUCAAACAAUAUACCAUGUUAACUGUAGCAAUUAAGAAGACAUUUUUGACCACAGCAGUAUGCCAGCAAACACCCAAACCAAUACAGCACAUUCUUUUUAUAAUGCUGAUGACUUCUUAAGCACAAAUACAAUAUGGCAAUACGGACAUACAUUUCAUGUGAUCCUGUCAAAGCUGUGUAUUUGUGUUUUGUGCAUACUGUCGUUUCUCUCCAUUCUAUACUGUAUAUUUAUUAUGUCAUGCCAUGGUUGAGGAAAGGCAAUAUUUGUUCUGUAAUUAUGUAUUAUGUAAUGUAGCACUGAUGCAGUUCUUCUGACUUUAACAACAUUAUGCCCAUCUUACUGUGAUACACAUGUAAUUUUUUGUGUGCAUAAGACUCCUUCAACAGCAAAAAUUCUCAAAGGAAAUCCUUUCUAGGUACAGUGAGUUGCUAAUUCCAACUACUAUGAUAGGCCUUUCUUUAAGUUACAUGUAUGUUUUACUAAUUCUGAAUAUUAUUCUGCAUGAAUACAUUCAGAGUUUGAUCAUCUGCAUCUUAACUCACGUUGGCAGAUGAUCAACAGAGCAUUAAAAUUAUACAUGAAAGAGAAAACAUGUUAAUGCUUUAAUUUUUAAUCGCAGAUUUAAUAAAAGUGUGUGUUUAUUGGG